AUGUCGACACUCGAGGAUCUGGACGCCAUGGAGCACCAGGACAAGAAGGAAGGCGAGGACCAAGAUCCCAAGAAGCCCAACCAGGGCGGCGAUGCCGACAUGAAGGAUGCCGAUGGUGACAAGAAGGAAGAGGAGGAGGAAGAGGUCCUGGACUCAGAUAUCCUCAACUCGAGCACAAGAGACAUCAUCACAAGGCGGCGAUUGCUGGAAAACGACACGCGCAUCAUGCGCUCAGAGUUCCAGCGCCUAAAUCACGAGAAGCAAGCCAUGCUUGAGAAGAUCAAGGACAAUGUUGACAAGAUUGACAACAACCGCCAACUCCCAUACCUCGUCGGCAACGUUGUCGAGAUCCUUGACCUGGACGUCGAAGCAGAUGCCGCUGAAGAAGGCGCCAACGUCGAUCUGGAUGCUACACGCGUGGGGAAGUCCGCCGUCAUCAAGACAUCUACUCGCCAAACAAUUUUCCUUCCCCUCAUCGGUCUUGUCGACCACGAGAAGCUCAAGCCUGGUGAUUUGAUCGGUGUCAACAAGGACUCAUACCUCAUUCUCGACACACUUCCCGCCGAGUACGACAGCAGAGUCAAGGCUAUGGAGGUUGAUGAGAAGCCCACUGAAAAGUACACCGACGUUGGUGGUCUGGAUAAGCAGAUUGAAGAGUUGGUCGAGGCUGUUGUCUGGCCCAUGAAGGAGGCUGAGCGUUUCAAGAAGAUUGGAAUCAAGGCCCCUAAAGGUGCCCUCAUGUACGGCCCACCCGGUACCGGAAAGACCCUCCUCGCUCGUGCUUGCGCCGCCCAAACGGAAGCCACUUUCCUCAAGCUCGCCGGUCCUCAACUCGUUCAAAUGUUCAUCGGUGAUGGUGCCAAGUUGGUGCGUGACUGCUUCGCUCUGGCCAAGGAGAAGGCUCCCUCAAUCAUCUUCAUCGAUGAGCUUGAUGCUGUUGGUACCAAGCGUUUCGACAGUGACAAGAGUGGUGAUCGUGAAGUUCAGCGCACUAUGCUUGAGCUCCUGAACCAGCUUGAUGGUUUCGCCAGUGAUGACAGAAUCAAGGUUCUUGCCGCAACAAACAGAGUCGACGUUUUGGAUCCUGCUCUGCUCCGUUCAGGUCGUCUUGACCGCAAGAUCGAGUUCCCCUUGCCUAAUGAGGAGUCUCGUGCUCAGAUUCUUCGCAUUCACAGCAGAAAGAUGACUGUUGAUGAAGGUGUCAACUGGCCUGAGUUGGCAAGAAGUACCGAUGAGUUUGGUGGUGCUAUGCUCAAGGCUGUCUGUGUCGAAGCUGGAAUGAUUGCACUACGUUCAGGACAAUCAAAGAUCACCCACGAACAUUACGUCGAUGCGAUUGCUGAGGUGCAAUCGAAGAAGAAGGAAUCAAUCUCAAUCUACGCCUAA